GUCACAAUAGUGCCUCGGUGAUUUUGAUCCCGAUUUUGUCCUAUGUGGCUGCUGACUCAGCGUGGGACCCACGUGGGCCCCACCAGGAUGCCACGUCAUCUCUCUCCCUUCCUCCUCCUCUUCUCUUCUCUUCUCUUCCUUUCUCUUCGCAAAUCGCAAGCCGGCCGGCGGCUGGGGAUUGGGGAGGAGGCCGCCGGGGCGAGGCGGGAGAGGAGGAGGGCGGCGCCGCGAUGGCGGCCGACGGCAGCGGCCGCAGUGGGGAAGCACGGCGGUAGCCCGGUGAAGCUCUGCGGCGGCCAAAGAUGGGUGAGGGGGCUCAUGCCAGCGACGGUGGCGCACGCGCACGAGCAAAGUAAGGGUGUGGGCGCGCUCGGCGGCGGCGGCGUCGAUGAUGGAGGCGCGACUGCCGACGGUCCACUUCGGCGGGCUCGGCGAGCUUACCACCACCAACACCGCAGAGCCAAGCGCCGCUGUCCCUCUCGCUUCACAGGCCGGAGGCGGCGAUGUCGCUGCUGAUGUAGCAGCACAACCACCACCACCAGCCGUCGCCGGCGGCGGGCGCGGCGUCGACAUGGCAGCUGCAGCAAGGCGCGUGGCAUCUCCGCGGCUAAAGGUUCCUCCUCCCGACGCAGCAGCUCUUGCAGGAGUUCUGCAGCCUCCCCAUGAAGAGCACCACCAGCCCAUCGUCGGCAAGCAAGGCACCCAAGCAGGCGCAAGAAGACGCCGUCGGUGGCGGAGGCUCGUCGUCGUGGACCGCGCCGACGCAGAUCCAGUCCAUGGACGGGGGCGAGCUGCAGCGGCUCAAGGGCAAGAUUUACAUUUACCCCAUGCUCGAAGAGGAUGGGUGGCCUCUUGGACUGGGCGCCAUGAAUGCAAGAGCUGGAGUGACGAGAAGCGUGGAUCUUUCUGGCUCGGCCUCCUUCAGCACGGCCUUCACUUCGUCUCACUGCGCUUCGUCUUCCUUCACUUCUUGUGAUUUCGACACAGAGUCGGCAUGGUCAUUGUCCCGCCGUGGAGGCGGCGGCGCCGGCGGCGGGAUGACGCUGGCGAGCCUGAUCGGCCUGGUGGACGCCAUGGAGAGCCGUAGCCGGCGGCGCCGGAGCGCGAGGGCGACGAGCAAGAGCGGCAAGGUCAGGGCGCUGCUGCUGUCGCUCUGCCUCCGGAGCCACCUGGAGAACGGCCGCGCCGCGCCGUCGCUCGGGCAAUUCCUCGAGAUGGAGAGGAGAGCAAGCAGCAGCUCGUUGUAGCUUAUGAUCUCAUAUUCUCAUGGGGAACCAUGGCUAGAGAUGCUCGAGUUUGAUCGGUUUCGCGUUGCAUUUCGAUUCUUCUCAUUUUCCAGAGAACCCGGGUCAUUGUCGAAUCUUUCAUGAUUCUUCACAUUGAUCUCUGCUACGUUUGUCUUUGCCGAGUAAAACAUUUGCCGAUAAAAAAAUAGACAAGUUCUUUAUCAGUUUUUGUUGA